AACGGUAGUGUCGCAACUUUGAGAUAUCGAUGGCUUUGGUUUGAGCGAGCCAGGUUUGGGCGCGUAUUACUUCUAACGUUUGCAAAUUGCAUUGCGUUUGAUGAGAAAAGUGAAGUGACCGAGAAGAGGAAUUUAAGUGUUGCCAGUGCCACAGAAUUUAUUGGACAUGGAAGAUUUCGACGAAGUAACACUUGCCAUGCUCAGAGGUAUGUAUUGUUUUUUUCAAAUUGCAUUUCAACAUGAAAUAUAAGCUAUAACUAGCUAGUUCAUCAAGUUCAUGCUAUGGCGCUAGUUAGCAUGGCUAGGUAUCACAAACUAGCCUAUUUACUGUACACUAAUGUCUCUGUUGCAACGUAGCUGGAAUAUUAUCCUCCCUUGUAAAUCGUUUUGGACAAAAUUGCCUGCUAAAUGACUAAAUGUAGAUAUUGAGGUGUCUGUGCUUUAUACUCAACAGCAGCUAAUAUCACUAGCUGCGUUUCCAUUAUCCAUUAAAUUGCGCAAAUUAAGAGUUGCGAAAAGAAAUGUGCUUAAUGGAAACACACACAUUUCGAAAAAACUCACAUGUUUCGAUAAAAAGUUUUUGCGCUCGGGUGAGGUGGUAUUUCGAGCGUAUCGAAAUUUGUAUAUUUUGCAAAACUGCAAUGGAAACACUUUUUUCGCAUCUGACGAGUCACGUGAUCCAACAACCGGAUGUUAGGAGGAACGAAACCGACGAAGAAGACUGCCGACAGGAAGUGGCACCGGGAGAAUAAUGUAAAACAAUAUUUCUUUUUUCAUUAAAAGUGGCUCGUGUCAUUCUAAAAUGUUGAAUCCACAGCUGUGAACUUGCCGACAACACUUUCUCAAAAACGCUGCAUAGGCUACGCAACCGCUCAACUAGUUUUGUUUACCCAUAGCAACAACGUUGCUAUGCUUUGCUGGUUUAACGUGAUGAGAACAGUGCUGAAAGAAAUCUAGAUUCUAGUUUUAGAAACUAAUCAACUGGGCUGAUCUACGAAAUAUUCCACUGACAUGGCUGUGACAUGCCUACUACAACAAACUCCUAUGAAAUAUGUCAUUUUUAAUUUUAUGUUUCUGCCCCACCAAAACGUAGGCCUCCUCCGCUGAUGGCUUAUAGCCUUGACCAAAGAUUCUAGAACAGAGCUAGAAUCUUUGCUAUUGACUGAUAAUCAGCGUGCCGUGGUGGCAAUUUGAGUGCAUUUAGUGUAGGCUAAAUCCCUAUGGCUAAAUCUGGGUAAUGUUGAUAACCACCAUGUCUCCUAAUGACUUACAGCAUGCGAGAAUACACGAGAUUUUAAUUUAGUUAGCCGAAUGUAAUGGAAACACCGCAAUUGCGAAAAUUGUGAUAUUCAACAUUAAGACAAUAUCGACAAAGUUUUUGCGCAUAUUUGUAAUGGAAACGCAGCUACUGUCUAGAGAUGACAUUAGGGAUCUCUCUCCUGGUCCAGAGCACUUUCUUCGACGAAAAGAUGUUUGGCUCAAAAUCCACGUGGAGGACCAAAUCAUGGAUGAGUUUCGUCAAGUUGUUGAAAAGGACAACAUUGACUUCUUGAAAGACUUGAGAGAAAGAUGGGAUUUGUUCUAUAGUAAGGUCCAAUACUAUGGAGUGGUGAAGCAUGUAAUGAAGGCCCCCCUGACCAUGGACAGUGUUGAACAUGCCAUCGCUGUCUUCACCGCUUUACCGCAGCUCUUUCCAUCAAACUCGAAGACACGCAGCCAAAUUGAGGCAAUUUUCCAUGUUUUAACGCCCUCGGAGAAUCCGGACGCUUUCCUGCGCACACAAGCAUACCCAGUUGUCCUGUUGGGAGAAGAAAACUGCCUUCUCGCCAUUGGAGCAUCAACAUUGUGCACGUUUCCAUGUGAGAAAUUUCAUGAAACGCUGCUUUACCUCAUGGGCUGUUACUAUGUUUUCCACCUACAUUACCCAAAGACAAUCUGCACACUCCUCUCGGUGAUACAGACUGAAGUGGUCGGGGACACACUCCAUGAUGGCGAUGUCACCCCUUCCUACAGGAAGGCCAUCGGAGAGUGGAAGGCCUUCUUAGAAUGAACAGGUGUUCAACUGAUGCUCUUUUUCAUGUACCCUUCCUCGCUAUCUUCCUUUCUCUCUCUUUCCACGUUAUCUCUCUUUCUCUGUUCUUUCCCUUUUUCUCUGUCAUCUCUCUCCCCCUCUUUCUCUCAUCCCUCUUUGUCCCCCUAGUCUCUCUCUUCCCACCCCCCAAUCUUCUCUCUCCCUUUCUCUUUUUGUCUCUCGGCCCCCUCUCAACUCUCACUUUCCCUCUUUCUCUCUCCAUCUCCGUCCACUCUCCCUCUUUCUCUAUCUUUCACCUUUUCACUCUAUCUCUUUCUAUCUGUCCCCUUCCUCUUUCUCUUCUCCCUCAUCUCUUUCCCCAUCUCUCCAUUUUCUUCCCCUCCCUCUCUGAGCCCCC